UCGCCGAUCCUCCUCCUCUUCCUCUCUGGUCUCCUCCCUCCUCCGAGCCGCCUUGCAAAUGGCUUCGUUCCCCGAGACCGACUUCCAGAUCUGCCUGCUGUGCAAGGAGAUGUGCGGCUCGCCGGCGCCGCUCUCCUCCGGCUCGUCCGCGUCGUCGUCGUCCUCGCAGACGUCCACGUCGUCGGGCGGCGGCGGCGGCGGGGGCCCGGGGGCCGCGGCGCGCCGCCUGCACGUCCUGCCCUGCCUGCACGCCUUCUGCCGCGCGUGCCUCGAGGCGCACCGGCUGCCGGCGGGCGGGGGCGCGGGCGGCGGCGGCGGCGGCGGCGGCGGCGCGCCCGGGGAGCCCCUCAAGCUGCGCUGCCCCGUGUGCGACCAGAAGGUCGUGCUGGCCGAGGCGGCCGGCAUGGACGCGCUGCCCUCGUCCGCCUUCCUGCUCAGCAACCUGCUCGACGCCGUGGUGGCCACGGCCGACGAGCCGCAGCCCAAGAACGGGCGCGCCGGGGCGGCGGCGGCGGGCGCGGGCGGCCACAGCAACCACCGGCACCACGCGCACCACGCGCACCCGCGCGCGCCCGCCGCCGCCCCGCCGCCGCUGCCGCCCGCGCCGCCGCCGCCCGCGCCGCCCCGCGCCGCGCCCGGAGGCCCCGCCGCCGCCGCCGCCGCCGCCGCCGCCGCCCCGGCCGCGCUGCUGCUGCGCCGGCCGCACGGCUGCAGCUCCUGCGACGAGGGCAACGCGGCGUCGUCGCGCUGCCUGGACUGCCAAGAGCACCUGUGCGACAACUGCGUCCGCGCGCACCAGCGCGUGCGCCUCACCAAGGACCACUACAUCGAGCGCGGCCCGCCGGGCGCCGCCGCCGCCGCCGCCGCCGCGCAGCAGCUCGGGCUCGGGCCGCCCUUCCCCGGCGCGCCCUUCUCCAUCCUGUCCGUGUUCCCGGAGCGCCUCGGCUUCUGCCAGCACCACGACGACGAGGUGCUGCACCUGUACUGUGACACUUGCUCGGUGCCCAUCUGUCGUGAGUGCACAAUGGGCCGGCACGGUGGCCACAGCUUCAUCUACCUCCAGGAGGCGCUGCAGGACUCGAGGGCGCUGACCAUCCAGCUGUUGGCCGACGCGCAGCAGGGCCGUCAGGCGAUCCAGCUGAGCAUCGAGCAGGCACAGACGGUGGCAGAACAGGUGGAGAUGAAGGCAAAGGUGGUGCAGUCAGAGGUCAAAGCCGUGACCGCGAGGCACAAGAAGGCCCUGGAGGAGCGGGAGUGUGAGCUGCUGUGGAAGGUGGAGAAGAUCCGCCAGGUGAAGGCCAAGUCCCUGUACCUGCAGGUGGAGAAGCUGCGGCAGAGCCUCAACAAGCUGGAGAGCACAGUCAGUGCGGUGCAGCAGGUGCUGGAGGAAGGGCGGGCGCUGGACGUGCUUCUGGCCCGCGACCGCAUGCUGGCGCAGGUGCAGGAGCUGAAGAGCGUGCGCGGCCUCCUGCAGCCCCAGGAGGACGACCGCGUCACCUUCACGCCCCCGGACCAGGCCCUGUACCUCGCCAUCAAGUCCUUCGGCUUCGUCAGCAGCGGGGCCUUCGCGCCGCUCACCAAGGCCACCGGCGACGGCCUCAAGCGGGCCCUGCAGGGCAAGGUGGCCUCCUUCACCGUCAUCGGCUACGACCACGACGGCGAGCCUCGCCUCUCCGGAGGCGACCUGAUGUCGGCGGUGGUCCUGGGCCCCGACGGCAACCUCUUCGGCGCCGAGGUGAGCGACCAGCAGAACGGGACAUACGUGGUGAGCUACCGGCCGCAGCUGGAGGGCGAGCACCUGGUGUCGGUCACCAUGUGCAACCAGCACAUCGAGAACAGCCCCUUCAAGGUGGUGGUCAAGUCGGGCCGCAGCUAUGUGGGCAUCGGGCUCCCGGGCCUGAGCUUCGGCAGCGAGGGCGACAGAGAUGGCAAGCUGUGCCGCCCGUGGGGCGUGAGCGUGGACAAGGAGGGCUACAUCGUCGUGGCCGACCGCAGCAACAACCGCAUCCAGGUGUUCAAGCCGUGCGGCGCCUUCCACCACAAGUUCGGCACCCUGGGCUCCCGGCCCGGGCAGUUCGACCGGCCAGCCGGCGUGGCCUGCGACGCCUCCCGCAGGAUUGUGGUGGCCGACAAGGACAAUCAUCGCAUCCAGGUCUUCACGUUCGAGGGCCAGUUCCUGCUCAAGUUCGGCGAGAAGGGAACCAAAAACGGGCAGUUCAACUACCCUUGGGACGUGGCGGUGAACCCAGAGGGCAAGAUCCUGGUCUCGGACACCCGCAACCACCGCGUCCAGCUGUUUGGGCCCGACGGCGUCUUCCUGAAUAAGUACGGCUUCGAGGGGGCUCUCUGGAAGCACUUUGACUCCCCCCGGGGUGUGGCCUUUAACCACGAGGGCCACCUGGUGGUGACCGACUUCAACAACCACCGGCUCCUGGUCAUCCACCCCGACUGCCAGUCGGCGCGCUUCCUAGGCUCCGAGGGCACGGGCAACGGGCAGUUCCUGCGGCCCCAGGGCGUGGCUGUGGACCAGGAGGGGCGCAUCAUCGUGGCCGACUCCAGGAACCACCGCGUGCAGAUGUUCGAGUCCAACGGCAGCUUCCUGUGCAAGUUCGGCGCCCAGGGCAGCGGCUUCGGGCAGAUGGACCGGCCCUCGGGCAUCGCCGUCACGCCCGACGGGAUGAUCGUGGUGGUGGACUUCGGCAACAACCGGAUCCUGGUCUUCUAAUCGCGUUCUCCAGGCUCCCGUGCGCGGGGUGUGCGUGCGUCUCUCUCUCUCUCCCUCUCUCUCUCUUUCUCUCUCCUUUGGAAUUUCAAAGAAAAAACCGUCUCAGGGAAAUUUUCUUUUUUUCUUUUGUUUAAAGAGAACAAGAAGAGUACAACGUUGCUUACGUCCUACCUCAUCUUUAUUUUUUUUACAGAUGAAUGUACUUCUCCUUUCUGCAGGGAUUGAGCCUGUGACGUGAUAUUUUCUAUCUACCUCAUAGAUCUUUACAUUUCCUUCUCCAGCAGGCGCUCUGCCCUCCUCCCCACCCUCACUCAGCGGAGUUCGCGAUUCCCCCCCACCCUCCGUGGGGCGUGAUCUGCACAAGCCUGGCGUCUCUGGCUGGGGGUGGGUACUGGAUGUGUGUGGUGGGGUGUAUUCUAUAGAUUGAGCCAAGGAAACAUGAAAAAAACUACUAAGUAAAAAAAAAAAAAAAACUAUAAAAUGUGGAAAAAUAAGAUUUAAAAUGUGUAAUUAUAGAGUAUCUGUGUUCUCGAGAAUACUAUGUUUUUGGGGAUUAGAUUGUGUUGUGUGAUCUCGAUCUUUUUGGGCAACUUUCAUUUUAAUUUUCGUUUUUUUUUUUUUUUUUUUAAAUGCUGCAACAGAGAACUUUUCUGUGUUCUCCUUUUAUACCUCAGCGUAUUCAGCAUCUUUUCUUACUCCUAGAAAAUGUGGAUGUGGCUGUGGCUUGCUAGCCAAGAAAAGCAGACUCUUCUAUUCAUAUUUUAGGGGAUGUGAUCUGUGCUUCUUUUAAGGGAUGGUGGGUACAGGUGCAUGUUUGUGAGGCUCUGGCACCACCAUCUAAAGAAACAUUUUUUUCACGCCUUGGUUUCUAAAAAAUAGAUGUAGCUUAGGAUUUUUGAUUAUACGUAUUCUCAAAAGUUAAGUAUUUGUAGUUGGCUGUUGGUUAUAAAGUUCAGUGGAAGGAAAGGAGAAAAUCAACCUCGUUCUCAGAAAGAGGGCAUCCGACCCACCCACCCAUGGACUUGAGUGCAGGCGGGCGCUGAGGUGGUCCACAGGGAGCGUGGGAAAGAAACAGGCUAUCCCCGAACUCCGAGGGAGGGUGGAGGUCAGUCCCGACCCCGGCUUGAAUGUCGUUCCUGUUAAUGCUAGGUGUUUCUUUUCCUCAGAAGAGUAGGCAAAGGAAUGAACUUUUACUUUUAAAAGCACAAUUUUUUUCCUGCUUGGGAAGUUCAGGGAAAUAGAAUGUUGAACGUCACAUGGGAGGGGCCCAUCAGGCGUCCUCUGCCUGGGCCACUUGUGCAGAGCCGUCUGCCUCCGAGCCGUGCCGUGCCAUGGGACCCUGUGGUUAACGCAAACCUUUCCCCCAAAGGCCUUUGAAUGUAAAGGAUCUGUAAACCAAAUCGCCCCCUCCCCAAGAUGUAGGAUGUACUACCUUUUGUGCAACCCCUCUCUCGGUACCAAAGAAUGAACGUUUGAGCCAGGCUCCCGCUUGCGGGACUGUGGAAUGGUGUCCGUCACUUUACAGGGUUGGGUAGUUGGAAGCUGGACGCAGGCACAGGGCCCUGCGCGGCUGGGCAUUAUCUGUCUCUCACGUGGAAAGUAGGUGUAGCUGAUGUUCUGCUCGUGAGAACCUGCAUGGGACCCAGCGUCCCCCCCAAAUCUUGAGUAAGAACCACAUUCCGGAGUGGUGCACCUCGGGCAGGAGGCGCCCCCCGAGGACAGGGGCUUACGGGGACGCCCCUUGUUGAAGCGGAAGGGCUGCCGGGUCAGGGUCUGUUCCUGUGGUAAGAGAAAUGCCCCUUGCAACGUGGACAGAGUUUUUUUAAAUGAACAGAAUGAGCAAACACACAUGGAACGACUCAUUUUCCUUGUUCCGGGAGGAAGAGGAGGCUCUAGGGGCAGCGCAGCAAAGCCAAUCUGUUGCUUUCCUAUCCAGCCCUGCUGGACACCACUUUCCGGAGACCCUGGGUCUUCCUUGCUGCUUUAGCGCUAGGAUUUCCGAAUGACCAAAAUGGGGGAAAACUCACUGCGUAAAGGAGAGCCGCAUGCAAUAAAGGAUCCCAAAAUCGGAAAGUAGCAUCCGUCUGCUGCCUCCCAGCUGCUGUGUUUCCGGGAAGGGGGGGUGGGGGGGGGCAGGCGUCAGGAAAUCCUGUUUUGGAAAGCUGCCUUUAUUGAAGCAUCUGAUCUUGAAUCCUUCCCCAGUUUCUAUUCAGUUGCCUUUUAUUUGCCCCUAGAUUCUAAGUUCUUUGGUAAAGAGUUUGUAGAGUUAAAACAUUUUUAUUGUUUAUUUUGGAAUAACUUGGUGCUGAUCUUCCUCCCUCCGCCCCCUCCCAUCCCCACCAUCCAACAAACCACCCUUUAAACACCAAAGACAACUGGCUUUAAACGCUCAUGAAACUUGAUUUGAAGAAACGGGUCUUGGAAAUCCUUAGAAACGUUCUCGGGAACCUGGGAUGAGUUACUUCAGGUAGCCACUACCUCCGAUUCUCCCGUCUGUACUCCGAUCUGCCCUUCCCAGGGCCUCCGUACGUGAUGGGGGACUCGCGGGACCCGAGUUGAGAGCGUGUCUCGGUGAAUAGCGGUGAUGCAAAACUGCGGAGUCAGCAUUUCUCUGGAUUUGGUUGUAAAGCCAGGGUUGCCACACAGGACUGAAAUGAUCAGGUCUCAGUUAAUAGACUGGCCAGUUUGCAGGCUCAAAGCUAGUAGGUCCUCCCCCGAAAUGAGUGUGGAGCUGCGGGGUGCUGCCUCAUGCCCCCCCGCUCCAGUGGCCCAUCUCCUUAUCUUCCUGCACCCAGAACUGGGCAUCACUGCCAUUUGAGAAACGUGGUCACACGUGGGAAGCUUUUGUUUUUAAAACACUGACCCUCUGUGGCUGCCCAUGAUGGAGUCCUGCUCCACUGGGACUGUGCGAAGCACUUUGGAGUGUGUCUGAUGUACGAGGUGAGAUACUCCAAAUCAAAGAAAGAGGAGAGAAGCCAAUGCUUGGAACUCUAGUGUGAGUGAGGCCAUUGAAAAGAAGGGUUUUUAACUGGAUACCUCCUGCCCGUUCUGAGGUGAUGCCAGGGUAGGUUGGAAUGGGUUCAAGGAGAGAAGUCUUGAACACAAUGAAAAGAUUUGGUCAUGGGUGCUGGGAGGGAGGAAGGAGUAUAAACUGUUGCUGAGUAAGUGUGCUGUUCAGACAAUAAUCCCUAUGUUUAUCUCUGGUCUGGGGGGUCAGGGUGACGUGGGGUGGAAGGUCGGUGUGUGCGCGGAGAUGCUGAUUGGUUUUGGGUGUGUACGCUUGGGUAUUGAGGUGGCUGAAGGAAACUAAAUAACCCGUGGCUGAAACCCACUCUUGGUUGACAGAGUUAACAUUUCAAAAGUGUUAGUCUUUAAGAGGGAAAAAUAUUUUUUUGUAAACUCGGCCGCGAGAUGCAAUGCUGUCGCCGAAGCCUGUGCUGUGGUGUGGCUGACGGGUGGCCCCCCGGGCAGUACCCAGGUGCCCGGACUCCUUGAGUGCUGGAUGCCCUUUAAGUCUGACUUACCUGGGGAAACACCUAAAAGGGCACCAUAAACAAUCUGAACUGUGUGUUGGGCCAAAAGAGUUGCCAGAGGUGCGGCACUUGGUGAUGGAGUUAGAAGAGAAUGGCUUGAUUUGGGCUCAUUCUGUUUCGUUCUAGUUAAGCCAAAGCUUAAUGAUUUCAGGAGGGAAUUCUUUUUCAGGCUCGAAGUGGCAGAGUACUGUUUGAAUGGGUGCUGUCUUCCUCUUCGGGAGACUUCUACAGUUGCUGUGUUCUGGUAGAUAGUGAAAGCUAUGCCAAAGUUCUAUCUAGGCUUGUGUUUCUGUUUAAAAACAAAAAUCUGAUGGUGCCAAAAAAGUACUUAGGGUAUUUAUUAAAAACACUGCUCUCCUUGAUUCUCCAACAGUCCGGGGCUGUAUAAAAGUCAAACACUUCAUACUCCGUGUGACGAUCUCCAAAAGCUCUCUCUGGCUUCCUGCUGGCCAGCGGCGCAGGACCUAAAUACUCUUCAACCCCACACCAUUCGCUUUUCUUUAGUUUCUACCUCACUUUUGAUGAAAGUCACCUACCUCAUGUUCGCAUCUAAUGGGUCUCUAAAAGCAUAGUAUUAAUCUGCGGGGGGGAGGGGGCAGGGGGAGUGGGGAGCUACCUCUGGAAGAGAGGGUUCUCCUAAACCCAGAACUGGUUUCUCCCAGGAGAAAUGUUUGACCUUGAGAAAAAAACCUUGAAACCAAAUACUCCUGUACUCGGGCAAAUGUAGUCCUAAAUCCCAAGCAUGACCUAACCCAAUCUGGCCUUCCCGCCCCACUAGAAGUUAGGCACACCAUUACCUUGUCGCUCAGUGUUAUGAAACUACUGGGUCACCUGACCUGUUUGAGGACUGAACUGCAAAUAAAGACCUUUAGGUCUCUUUUUCUCUUGAAGAGAAAGACAUUUUAUUUGUAUUUUGAAUGUCUGCAAACCUACCCUUUUAGGAGCAAUUCUAAGGCUCUAGUUGUUGGAAACCUCAGAUAUUUGAAGGGAACAAGAAUCCUUUAGCCUCCCUGAUCGAACGCGUACCUUUCCUGGACAUUGCAGCAGUCACUGCUGUGCUAAACAGUGACCGGGUCGAGUGUGUGUUCCUCUCUUGUUUUGCAUUCAUUUUUUUUUUUGUUUCUCUACCAAAGGUAACACGUUGACGGGUUGUUCUUUCCUUUGUUUUUUUUUUUUUUGUUUUUUUUUUAAAUACUUGAUGAAGUUAAAAGCACAUUACCACGGCAUACUGUAUUGCCCCUCCGCCUCUCUUCUUACCCUGGUUUGAUUUUUUUGCUUUGGUUGGAAGAGAGGGUCCCAGGAUCACUGUAAUUACUGCGAAUUGGGCUUAAACAUGUCAUGGUGGAGAAAUACCUCAGUGAUGUCUAUUUUUAAAAUUGAUCUUACGGGUUAACAAGCCAGCCUGGUGGGAUGCUCUCUGUCAUCACUUAACCAGUAAUGGUUCUAAAAGUUUUGUGUCUCCACACGGUCUUAGACCUCCUUUUAAUGAUUGUAUUAACUUACAAGCUCAGGUAGUAUUUUCCUUACGGCUCUGUCUCGGGGCACACUAACUGAAUGUUAGCGCGCGUAGCAAAGCGUUUACUUUCUUUAACCAGCUCUGUGGUAGUUCAUGUUUCGUAGCCGUCUGCGUAGUGGUUUUUCUUCAGAGGAAGAUUUUUUUCACGUUUCUGGGAUGUUCUUGUUUCUAGGGUGGUAAGGUUUCUUUCCUCCCCCCACCCCAUUCUUUUCCCUUAAAAUCAAUGCAGGUGAGAGGGUGGGUGGUGGGUGAGGGAUGUUGUUUUUAAAUUAGCAUGUUAGUUGUAAUUGGGUGGGUGGGAGGGCAGUUUGUUUCUUAAAUGAAUCUUGCUUAAUACUGUCCAUGAGCUGUCAUGCCCGGUCAGCAAAAUAAUUAAGUGUAGGACACAGAACUUUCUGUUUGGUGAAAAAGGUUGAAUGGAGAGUUGGGGAAAUUAACAUGGGCGUGUGGCCAGAUGUUAUAAACCUUGUUAAAAAAAAAAAAGUUUUGUUUUUUUUUUUGGUCCAAGGCAGACCUGAUGAGAGGGGUGCGUGCCACCAGAGUCACUCCCCAGGUCCCAGAAUCCAUCCUGCAAGCCUGUCUGGGGUGCUGCCUUUUGACACUUUCUAGAACGGGCAUGGCAGUGGUGGUGAAGAUCCCAAUUAAGUGAAGAAUGGGGAAGCAGAGGUUUCCCCCCAAACCUUUAAAGUGGGUUGUUGGAUUUUUUUUUGUUUUGUUUUGUUCGAGGUGGGGUUUCCCACCCUCUCAAUUUUUACUUUUGAAUCUUAAGAGGUUCCCCUGCAGCCGCAGGCAUGACGGGCAACGAGCGGGGGAAGAACCAAUGGGAAAACGGGCGAAAGCUUGUGUGUUAGCUAACAGGGCUUCUGAAUGUACCGCUGUGGUCCACAGAGAAGGCUGGAGAAGGUAGCAAGGAGAUGCCGUAUCAGCUACUGCAGCCUUAAAACAAAGUUGGUGUCUCUUUGGACUUUAAAAUUGUUCCUAUGCAGCUUAUUUUAUUUUUGUUUAAUCAAAUAAACAAGAGGGUUUUUCCAUGGAAA